AUGCUGCGUUCUGAUAAGGAAGUUUGUCCUGAUUUAACAAAAUACAUGUUACAGUAGUACACGAGCCGCCAUGGACCUGGUCAAAGUGAGGAACAAAUUCAUCUGGACGUGGAUACUUGCUGGUAUUUGUGUUUCUGUGACUGUAACUGGACGUGGACACGACGCUCAAAAUUACACGCAGGAUCCUUACAUCGUGUCUCCGGGGAGAGUCCAGUAUGGCAGUGAUGUAAACCUGACGUGCUAUAUUUUAAUUGAAGUAAAGUUCUUCACGUUCAUCUCCUUCACGUGGAAGAAAAAUGAUGAACGAAUAAUCCAUGGAGGGAAUUAUGAGAUGAGCUCAGGGCCUGGGUCAUUUGAAAACAGCAUACACAGAUACCACACCAAUACUCUGACAGUUAAAGACACGAGGGUGACUGAUGAAGGAAAGAGAUACAUGUGUCAGGUUGAACUGGGAGUUGGAACAUGGUCAUCGUACUUUCACACUGACGAGUACAUAUUUGGACAAGAAGUCCCAUCUACUACCACCACAACUGCAAGUGAAGGCGAGGAUGUCACCAUAUUCUCGACUUGGAGGGUGAUCACGGAUGAUGUGAUAAGGUUUUGGUCUCCUAGUGAUAGACUCAUUGCUACAAUACAAUCUAUCUCUGUCUACAUCUGGCCAAACUACAGGUCAAAAGUAAAGGUCAUCAGACUGAUCACUUCACAUAGCGGGAAAACAGUUAAGUUGAUGAUCAUCAAUGCUACGAAGGGAGAUUCAGGACGUUAUUACUUGAGUGAUUUCAAGCGAAGAUCAUUUUAUGGUGGCCACAACCUUGUGAUUGCUGAUGUCACAUCUAACACAGUGACUGUCACCAGCACACAAACCUCAGCUGCGACAACUACCGGGAUACUUCUUUCUACAGCUACAACCGCCAACACUGACCAAAGCGUUACUACGGUCGUCAUUUACAUCAUCGUCGGGUGUUGUGCCUUGUUUAUUGUGCUGACUGUGUUCAUCGUUGCAGCUAUUAUGCCGAUAAGGAUCAAACGACAAGAUUACUGGAACUUAAGGUCACAACGAUCGUACAUCACACCAAUGCAGAACAUGCCAGAAAAUAUCGAUAGUCAAGGCUAUGCUGAAAUCGACAAUGCUGAUUUACUUGAACGUGGCGCAGGCAACCUUGCGCGACCUGUCGGUAAAAUCCAAUCUGAUGACAAUAUUCCACCUGGUGCAAGAAUCCGGCGAGAAAGGCAACAGUUAGAACGUAGCUGUAGGAAGGUAGAUGAGAAUGACGAAUAUGAAGAGGUGAAACCACUGGACGCUAUCAACAGUGAAGAGCUUGCAGAAGAGCAAGAAAAGAGAGCUCCAAUGCAGCAACCUGACCAGGACAGUGGGGGCGACAUUACGGGUGAAAUGAACAUAACAUUACCUGAAGCCUCCUCUUAUUGAGACCCCCUGCUUUCUCUUGCUGAUUGGUCGGUCCAUGGAAGAGACUCUGGAAGUAUGACAGCGGGGAGUAUCGAUGCGUUUGCAGAGACAAGCUUCAUGACUCAAGACACUGAUGAACCAUGGGAUGCACCCCUCGGUACCGUUGAUACUGGGGAGUUAUCAGCGACUAUAGAAAUAUUUCCCGAAGUCGGACGGAUGACUGCAACCAAUGCAGGAGCACAUCAGCUCUCGAUGGAAGGAAGAGGGGAUAAUGCUGAAAGUGAAGCACGUGGUGUCACUAAUAUAACAACAGAUAAUUAUGACAGUCUGAUGCCGCACC